AUGACUGAAUUACUUGAUUUACCUGAUGAAAUGAUCUUAGCUAUUUUCAAUAAAGUGAAACCUCAAGUUUUAUUGCUUUGUUCUAUAAUUGAUAUUGGAAAUAAUCGUUUAGAACAACUUGCACUAUCAAAAUGUCAUUCAAUCGAUUUAACUUUUAAUUAUUGGCAUUCACCAUAUCGAUCACUUGUCGAACGAUUUUACUUCUAUGUUUUGCCAUGUAUUUCCAAUAAUAUUCAAUCUCUUUCACUCAAUUUGAUACAUUUAUUACAUUUUGAUACAAUUCUCAGAUGCCACAGUGAUGAAAUCAUAUUUAGUUUAACACAUUUGAAAAUAAUCUUAUGUCGUUUCCAUCGCAAGUCAGGAGAACGGUUCGAAAUAGGUUCUUAUUAUGACAGUUCGGUGCGCCAUUUGCCUCUUUUCUCAUUCGUUCCAGAAUUUUUGGAUCUCAACGACGAAUUUUUUAGUCGUGUGUCGAGAUUCAUCAAUUGUUCAUCACUUAUGCGUACGAUUGUCUCACUCGAGUUGGAUGAUAACUGCGUUUUUCGAAUGUUUCCUAAUGAAGAAGGACUAUUAUUUUCUGAAUCUCCUCACCUUACUCACAUUCGUAUUGCACUUAAUCGAUUCGAAGAUUGUGUUCGGCUACUCAGUCAAUUAGGGAAACAAUUGCACUCAUUGUUUGUGACGGUAGCACAUGUUUCUCGAAACGAUGACCACACUAUAUCUGAUAUAACAUCGAUAUUCUGUCCAAAUUUAAAACAAUUGACAAUAAUAUGUUAUCGCAAUAUUCUACAUUAUGACCGAUUUAUUCUACUUUUUCCUCGUUUAUCAACUGUUGAAAAUUUGACAUUAUUAUUGGCUGUUGGUGCAAGUAGAUCUGGAUUGGAUCAUUUUAUUGAUGGAUUUGAUUUACAACGAAAUGUUAUUUCACAUAUGCCUCAUCUAUGUCAAUUUAAUUUUCAUAUUCGUUCAAUAUUACAAGAUGCUCCUCAAAUAGACAUUGAUAUACUUCGGCAAAGUUUUCUCGAACAAUGCGUACAACAAUUCGUUGAUUGUACACUCGAUUAUUUUAAUAAUCAUUAUGGACAAUGUCAAGUCUUUUCACUCCCAUUUAUUGAUACUCGUCUGGAUUUUAUCUCCAAUCGAUUUCCUCUCUUCGAAGUUAAAAACACAUUCUCAAAUGUCAUUACAUUAUUACUCUUCGAUGAUAUUAAACCUUUCGAACAUAAUUUUUUUGAACGCGUAGCUCAAGCUCUUCCUCGUCUUAAAACGUUAGACUUAUUUAAUCAACUUGAACAAGAAGAAACGAAGAAUACUACAACAAAAUUAAUUGUAUUUCCUCAUUUAGUUGCACUUAUUUUACACGAUAUACAUGUGGACUAUGCUGAACAACUUCUCUGUCGAAGUCAUCUUCCACAUCUGAUCGAACUCGUUAUUCGUAAUGAUGCACUAUUACUUAUCAUCGCUAACAAUGAUCAACAAGCAAAAGAUAAUUGUGCAAAAGUUGAAAAACUUCGUAUUGUUGAACCAUGGAUCGAGCCAACAAGUGCUCAGUUGAACUUUUUCCCGUCAGUUUAG